UGUUAGUCUGUCCAAAGGGCAAAGUUUGCCCUCGCGCAUGAGCAAAAGGCUCGUGCUGCUGCACUGAAAACACGUUCCUGCUGGAAGAGUGAGACACACAAACUGAAGCUCCUACCCCACAGAGGCUCAGAGGAGAUGGAUGAGAAGAAAGCCGUGUUGUUCAGCUUCUGGGGAGUCGUCGUCCCUUCCACGCCUCGUGCUGUUUUCCACAAGAUGGAGGAGCUGCACAAGCUGCCACAUGGUUUCCUGUCCAGCGUGGCCUCCCAGAAGGACAGUGCAUUGAGCCGGGCGGAGAGAGGACAGACGACGCUCUCUCAGAUGAUCCCAGCCUUUGAAGCAGAGUGUGUGAAGGAGGCUCAGGUGAGGGCUGUGACGCUGCCCCCUGAUUGGUCAGUCAGAGGCCUGCUGGUGGAGCUCAGAGAGGCGAUGGCGGACAUGAGACAGGUGGUGCUGAGGACAGCUGCCAGUCUGCGUCACAGCGGGUUACUGACAGCUGUGCUGGCCAAUCACUGGCUGGAUGACACUGCGGACGGAGACGGCGGUACAGCCCGUCUUCUGUCUCUGCUGGCCGGCCAUUUUGACCUGGUCCUCCAGUCCUGCCGCUCAGGUCACAGGGUCCCCGAGCCCUCCAUAUUCAGCUCAGCUCUGCAGCACCUGGGAGUGACAUCACAACAGGCUCUGUGGCUGGAUGCUGAUGAGGAGGGUGUGAGGGCAGCAGAAGGAGCAGGGAUGAAGGCCAUGUUGGUGGAAAAUCUGGACGACGCUCUGGACAAACUGGCCAGCUUCACUGGAGUUCAGGCUGUUGGAGCAGAGAGUCUUUCACCAUCCUGCAGGCCUGAUGAAGUGUCUCAUGGAUACGUCACCCUCAGGCCUGGUGUGAGGACUCAUUAUGUUGAGAUGGGCUCAGGUCCUCCAGUCCUGCUGUGUCACGGCUUCCCAGAGAGCUGGUACUCCUGGAGGUAUCAGAUCCCAGCUGUGGCAGCAGCAGGGUUCAGAGUGUUGGCUCUGGACAUGAAGGGCUAUGGAGAGUCCACAGCGCCCCCAGACAUCGAGGAAUAUUCUCAGGAGCAGCUCUGCAAGGAUUUAAUCACAUUUAUGGACAAAAUGGUGAUCCCACAGGUCACCCUGGUGGGUCACGACUGGGGCGGCAUGCUGGUGUGGACCAUGGCUCAGUAUUACCCCGAGAGGGUCAGGGCCGUGGCGUCUCUGAACACUCCUCUGUUCCCCGUCGAUCCCAACGUUCCUCCUGCGGAGAAAAUCAAAGCUGUUCCCAUCUUCGACUACCAGCUCUACUUCCAAACGCCUGGUGUGGCCGAGGCCGAACUGGAGAAAGACCUGGAGAGGACGUUCAAGAUCUUCUUUUGCAGCAGUGCAGAAACAGCCGAGCGUCCUCGUCUCAGCACUGCGGGAGUCUGCGCUCGAGGAGGCCUGUUGGUGGGUCAGCCGGAGCAGAUGCCCCGCAGCUCCAUGCUGACGGAGGCCGACCUGCAGUACUACGUCAGCCAGUACACAGCACGAGGCUUCAGGGGACCACUGAACUGGUAUCGUAACGGGGAGGCGAACUGGAGGUGGAUGUGCUCUCGUCCCACGGGGAAGCUGCUGAUGCCUGCGCUGAUGGUGACGGCGGGUAAAGACCCGGUGCUGCUGCCGGCCUUCUCCAAGGGAAUGAAGGACUUGAUCCCGAACCUGAGCAGGGGACACAUCGAGGAGUGUGGACACUGGAUUCAGAUGGAGAAACCGUCAGAGACAAACAGCAUCCUGAUAUCGUGGCUCAAAGCCACCCACGGGAAGGCUGGAGGAGUUACUGUGGCCCCCAAACUGUGAGGGAGGGAAGGAAGGAAGGAAGGAAGGAAAGGAGG